AGAGAAAGAGAGAGAGAGAGAGGAGCUGUCUUGUCCUUUUGGUCUGAGAUCCCUUCUUUCCUUUUCACCGGACGGCGGCGGAAGAGAAGGCGGUUGGUUUUAGUGGUGGCAGCAGCAGCUGUGGCUCCGGCGAUGUGAAAUCCGAACGGAACAUAAUAACAAUGCGUAGCCGAUUCACUGUUCCGCCAGAGAACACGGUCUGCAUUGGCCGUGCUUCUCCGAUCUAACCGUUUUCUUCCGCGAUCUCUUGCGUUUUCUGAUCGAUCUCUUCGUUAUUUUCUUUCCGAGGAAAGGCUUGAUUGAUAUGAUCAGACAACAUGUCGUUCAAGAGCAUUGUGCGCGAGCUGAAGGAGAUGAAAGAUGGGAUAGGGAGCAUAUCCAGGAGAGGGUCAGAAGGGAGGCAUUGGCGAAGCAGGACACGGUCACAUAUAGCGCCCGAUGUGGCGCCUUCUGAUCCAAUUGAGCAAGGCCAGUGGGCAAAUUUACCCCCAGAAUUGCUUCUGGAUAUAGUUCGGAGGGUUGAAGAGAGUGAGACAUCAUGGCCUGCUCGGACUGUGCUCGUCUCCUGUGCUUCUGUUUGCAAGUCAUGGAGAGAAAUCACUAAGGAGAUUGUCAAGACUCCCGAGGAAUGUGGGAAGCUUACACAUCCUAUUUCGCUUAAACAGCCCGGACCCCGUGAAUCUCCUAUCCAAUGCUUUAUCAAAAGAGAUAGAGCUACUUCGAUUUAUCGCCUCUACUUUGGUUUGACUCCAUCUGAGGAUGCGAGUGAUAAAUUAUUGCUGGCAGCCAAGAAGAUCAGACGGGCAACAAGCACGGACUUUGUCAUAUCAUUGGUUGCAGAUGAAUUUUCACGAGCCAGCAACACUUAUCUUGGGAAGCUGAGGUCUAACUUUCUUGGUACCAAGUUCACCAUAUAUGAUAGCCAACCCACCACACAUGAUUCAGUGGUUCAGCACACUCAGCUUAGUCGAAGAUUCCAUUCUAAACAAGUGUCUCCUAGAGGAGUAUCUGCUUGUAACUACAGCAUUGCCACUAUUUCCUACGAGCUCAAUGUCCUUCGCACCAGAGGGCCUAGGAGAAUGCAAUGUGUUAUGCACUCUAUCCCCGUCACCUCUAUUCAGGAGGGAGGCACAGCUCCUACACCAACAUCAUUCUCGCAGUUUCUCGAUGACAGGCCUUCUCACACACCAGUCUCGAAAGCUAAGGAUCCAAACAUGGAUUCCAGCUCCCCUGGACAUUCAGGUUCUCUCGUGCCAGAACCACCUUCUCAAGAGCCCCUUAUGCUUAAAAACAAGGCCCCUCGAUGGCACGAACAGUUACAAUGCUGGUGCUUAAAUUUUAAAGGCCGUGUCACGGUGGCAUCUGUCAAGAAUUUUCAGCUCGUGGCCGCUGUGGAUCCUUCUCACAACAUACCCGCUGCAGAACAGGAGAAGGUAAUCCUGCAAUUCGGAAAGAUUGGAAAAGAUAUCUUCACCAUGGAUUAUCGCUACCCGCUCUCCGCUUUCCAUGCUUUUGCAAUCUGCUUGAGCAGCUUUGACACAAAACCAGCCUGUGAAUGAUUUUCAGGUGGUUUGUAAAUGAUGAACAUCUCUUGCUUUUUGUUGCUUCAGAAUCUUGAAUUAUGCUUACUAUCUAUGAAGUAUAUCCAUUGGCCAUAAAUUAUUACU